GUCAUGUCUCUUCAGCUGUAAAAUUAUACGUAUACAGAAUACAGAUACCUCGGCGAUUCGCGAACGGAGAAAAAUGGUUGCCGACGACAAAAGGCAUCUGAUGCAAAAUUUGUUCGGUGAUCAAUCGGAGGAAGAGGAAGAAGAAGAAGAAGAAGAAGUUGAAUCAGAGCACGAAUCUAAUCGUCAGCCCGAUUACGCAUCCGAUGAAGGGGACAUUGGGCUGAAACCUGAAGCUGAAGAUGUGGUAGAAGGCCAAGGGGAAGCAGAUUUAGGCAAUGAUGGUGAACUGCAUGAGAUAAAUGAUGAUCAGAUUGAGAGUGAGGGUGAAAGAGAUCAUAACUCACAAGAAGUAGAUUUGGGAGACCAGAGGGAUGAAAGUGAAGGAAAUGACUCAAGGAGUGACCAAAGAGAAGAUUACAAUCAAAGAGUCGUAACAAGUAGGAUAAGGGAUGUAGUGGAGAGUGAUUCAGAAAGAUCUGAGGAGAAUCAUUAUGUUGGCAAUGCAGAUGAAGAAGUUGAUCAUGCUACAAGUCCGAGGUCACCUGAUGAAGCCCACAUAUCAAAUACAGCACCUGAACUGCGUGAUGUAUUUGGGGAAUCUGAUGAUGAAGAAGCAGAAGAAUAUAAUGCUGUUCAGAAUCAUCCCAAGGACAAUUCAAAUAGAUCUCCAAUGGAAGAGGAAGGUUAUGAAAACGAUCUGAGGCCAGAAGACAUGUUAGCUGAUGAAGAGGGACGCUAUUAUUCUGAAGAGGAUAACAUUGAGAUUAAAACCAAAGAGAAACCAGUUGGACCUCCAUUGGAACUAGGGAUUCCUUUGCGACCUCCUCCUUCACAUCCCGAAAAGAUGAAUAUGAUCAAAGUUUCUAACAUUAUGGGGAUUGAUCCUAAACCAUUUGAUCCAAAGACAUUUGUUGAAGAGGAUGCAUUCGUUGCUGAUGAAUCUGGACACACCAAAAGGAUUCGUUUGGAGAACAAUAUUGUUCGCUACAGGGCUGUGAGAAAUCCUGAUGGAACAAAAUCUUAUGAAAGCAAUGCACGGUUUAUUAGAUGGUCAGAUGGCAGCUUACAGUUACAGAUUGGGAAUGAAGUUCUUGACAUUUCUGUGCAAGAUGCUCAGCAUGAUCAAGCUCAUCUUUUUCUUCGACAUGAAAAGGGAAUCCUCCAAUCUCAGGGGAGAGUUUUGAGAAAGAUGAGAUUUAUGCCUUCAUCCUUGAGUUCUAAUUCUCACAGAUUAUUGACUGCACUCGUUGAUUCACGCCAUAAAAAAGUGUUCAGAGUUAAAAACUGUGUCACUGCCAUUGACCCUGAGAGGGAGAAGGAACAAAAAGAGAAGGCUGAAAGUCAAACAAUCAGGGCGAAUGAAGUUCUUAGCCGGAAGAAGGAAAAGGUGAACCGGAAAUACACACACAGUGUGCGCAGGGAGCGUCAACUUUCACCUGGUUUCUUGGAGGAUGCACUUGAUGAGGAGGAGGAACCGGAUUAUUAUGAAUCUCGACCAUCCGCUCGUCGCCGCUUUGAGGAAGACCUGGAAAUGGAAGCUCGAGCUGAGAAACGGAUCAUCAAUGCAAAAAGGUCUCAAGGGCAUAAAGAUAUUGGUCGCAAGUCAUCUGCAUCUUCUAUCAAGUCAUCAAGGCGUCCGGUUGAUGACUAUGAGGAGGAAUCCGAGUAUGAAACCGAAGAAGAGGAGGAGGAGAGGUCCCCUCAACAUAUAAGAGGUGAAGAGCCACAGCAGUAUGAUGAUGAUGAUGAAGAACCUCAGUUUAAUAAGCACAAGGGUUCAGGAGGAGGACAUCAGAAGCGUAAGGAGAUGGAUUCGGAUGAGGAGGAGGAGGAGUUGGAGUCUCCGUCUCCUCCACGAAAGGCUACAUCAUCAACAUCACAUCGCCGAAAGGCACUUGUUUAUGAUAGUGAUGAAGAUUAAUCAUAAUAAUCAAUGCUUCAUUCAAAUCUUAUCUCUUGUAUUUAUUUUAUUUUAGAUACAUAGGAGUCCCUUUUUCAUUUGAAAUCACUAAAUUAGUGGGAUACGUAUAGUGUAACCGGACUUAUCUUUUCUUGUAUAUAUUCCAUGUCCGUUCUUCAUUUCAAUACAUAGA